GUGAGCGCCCCCCCACAGGACACACCUACAUCCUGGUUUACGGGAGCGCUGCUGUCCACUCCACGGGUCUGCUGCUGUCUCUGCAGGGCCAUGCUAACGCUAACGCUAACGGUGAGUCUACCCGACGUCAUUCGUUACAUUUUAAACAUUUCAGCUGCUAAUUACAGACCAACUCUUCCUUUUGAUGCAGGUGAAAAUAAAACCGUCUCCUCCCCCCCUCCCCCUCCGGCCGAUGUCCCCGACCACGAGUACGCCCGGCCGCCAACAGAGGGCGGAGUCUCAGCAGCACGCGGCAGGAAACGCCGUAAAAAAGCCGCCGACUCAUCUCUGGAUGAGCCGACAGAAAGCCACCGGCGGUGUUCUCAGUGUGGGAUGCUGUUUCCAACCAGCCAGCGACUCUCGGACCACCAGAGGAAGUCCCACCCGGUGUGCUCGGUGUGCGGCGCGGCGUUCUCUGGCAUCCUGAGACUCCGCGAGCACACGAUCAAAGAGCACGGGCUGCUGCCGUACACCUGCGACUACUGCCCCAAGAGGUUCAACCACAAGGCCCACCGCGACCUGCACGUGAAGGCGCGGCACACCGGGGAGAAGACCUGCCACUGCGACGUCUGCGGUAAAGGCUACUCCGGCCUCAGCACGCUGAAGACGCACCGGACCACCCACUUCGACAAGACGUUCGUCUGCGACGUCUGCGGGAAGAGCUUCUACCACGCUGGCCACCUGACGCGGCACAAGCUGGUGCACCGGGAGGUGCGGCCGUACCGGUGCUCCACCUGCGGGAAGGGCUUCACCCAGGCCGCCAACCUGCGCAGCCACCAGGCCGUCCACACCGGAGAUAGGCCGCUCUGCUCCAUGUGCGGUAAGACGUACCGCUGCCUGAAGAGCCACAUCAUCAGCAGGCAUUCGCACGAGCUGCCCGCCGACGGGCUCGCGGCUGCGGACGCCGUCAUCGCCUGCGAGGUGUGCGGCAAGAAGUUCCCCCACCCGUCGCAGCUCAGGAUCCACCAGAGGAGCCACACGGGGGAGAAGCCCUUCCACUGCGACGUCUGCGGGAAGAGUUACGGCAUGAAGCAGCAGCUGAAGGACCACAGGUACACCCACACCGGAGAGAAACCCUACAGGUGCACCCUCUGCUCCAAGACCUUCAACCUGGCCACCAGCUUCAUGAGGCACCGCAGCAUCCACAGCGGGGAGACACCCUACAGCUGCAGCAGCUGUGGGAAACACUUCCGCCUGCUCACCUUCCUGAAGGCUCACCUGCAGACCAAAGCUCACCUGAAGCAGACGCUGACCUCUGACCUCAUCGGUUCCACUGAACAUAACAAUGGAUUUGGUGUCGCGUCUCUUUAACAGAGAAACGAACAGGAUGAGAUGAUGUUGUUCUCGUCUAUCAGCAGAUCACUGAAGUCAUAAAGGUGAUUACAUGUAUAGUACAAACACAGAGGUGGAUUAACUGCUGUACACAUCCUGUAAUCUGACCUCAGGUCUGCAUCACCGCUGGAUUACAGAGACCACCCUCAAUUACCAUGUCAAGUGGGAAUUACGUGUGAUUAGGUAUUAAAGAUUAAAGCAGAUCUGAGGUCAGAGGGCACUGAACAGCAGCAAAACAAACUCUUUCAUGUUUUUGUUAUGACUUCAAAUGAUAAUGCCUCAUAUUACAAUAAAAACAGGAACAAAG